AUGUUGUCAAUUUUACGCAAAGCUCGUCUGAAGGACAAGGAAAUGCGGGUCCUCAUGCUGGGACUGGAUAAUGCCGGCAAGACCACCAUUGUGAAGAGAAUCAUGGGCGAGGAUGUCACAACAGUCAGCCCAACACUGGGGUUCAUUAUUAAGACAAUUGAAUUUAUGGGAUACAAAUUGAACAUCUGGGAUGUUGGAGGACAAAAGACACUGCGGUCCUAUUGGAAGAACUACUUUGAAAAGACAGACACUUUGAUUUGGGUCGUGGAUGCGACUGAUCGACUCCGGGUGGAUGAUUGCCGUGAAGAGCUAGCUGGGCUGUUGUUAGAAGAGCGAUUGAUGGGUGCCAGCCUCUUGGUAUUUUUAAACAAAACUGACGUGGAACACUGUAUGAGUGAAGAGGAGGUUCGACAGCGGCUUGGGCUGGAUUUAAUCAAAACACAUAAGUGGACUAUUCUCCCGUGCAGUGCUAUGACGGGAAAGAACUUGAAUGAGGGGUUGGAUUGGGUAGUACAGGAUGCAAAAGACCGAUUAUUCCUUUAUUAG